AUGGCGGCUGUGGAAGAAGAACUAACGGCUGGAACUUCAAGAUUGAGUACAAAGGAAAAAAUUGAGCGAGGAGUCACUCUUAAAGUGGAGGGGAACGAAUAUUUCAAGAAAAAAGACUACAGGGAUGCAAUGAAAAGUUAUCAUAAGGCAUUACUGCACGUGAAAGGGCUUAUCGAUCGGCCGUUUGUAUUUGGACUGGACUCGGCCGGGAGAGACAUUUCUGAGGAAGACAAAGAACAAAUUUACCAAGUUCAGUUUAGUUGCUACAACAAUUUAGCCGGUAGUUUGAGGAAAAUUUUAUUUUGCUUGGAAUGUUCUCCCUUAACACGCUGAGGCCUACCUUUACUCUUAAUUCAGUUUUACGAUUCAUGCUUUUUUUUUUCUCAAUUUAAUGUCUCAAAAAUUUCUAGCUUGUUUACUCAAAGACAAUCGUUGGGAUCGGACAAUAUAUUACUGCAAUGAGGUAGGAGGGUAAAUUCUAUUUCAUGACGUAUUAUAACGAAAAUUCAAGGGCGUAGAUAAUUGAUUAUCGGGGUGCAGGUCACCUUGCACUUCGUUAAUUAAAUAAAAAACUGAUGAUAUCUUACAAAACCAGUGCGGCAGGUACUCCAUUUAAUUAGGGUAAAGUCUGUUAUAGUCUUUCAAACUAGCAUGUGGAGGGAUUUCAAUAGCCUUUGGCCACAAGGGGCUUCUGAUGAUGUGAUAGGUGGCAGUGCUCAGAAAAAGGCUGUAAAGCCCUUUCUGCAGAGUUUGGCAGAUUCACUCACAAUUUUUUCCUUCCUACCAUAAAAUACUACAACAGAAUUUCCAUAGCAUGCACAAAAUCUUGUAAAGCUCUGCCAUACUCUACAGACUAGCAUAAGACAAUACUCAAACACGAGAGCUUGCGUACAGGAUUAAGACUGCUGUGAGUAAGUAAGUGAGUCUUAAUGAAAGCUCUGAAUGUGUAACUGAGGACUGUACUUGCUCCUUCCCUUUCACUCUCCUCUUUGCCAACCCCCUUCCCUCCUUCCCCUUCUUCCUUACUGGGAAAUGGUUUAUCUUCUGUUACACGUUAUCUCAUCCAGUUCUGGUCUAUGUGCAUAUCAAAGUUGUUGUACAGACUGUCAGGUCUAGUUGCUUGUCUAAGUCUACUCGGAAAAUGAAUUGUUAGUUACUUUGAUUAGUGUUAAGGAAAGCAGAAACUCUAUCCUCCUGGGCCCAGUCUUUCAAAGGAUGGAUAAGGCUAUCUAGUGGAUAACUAUCAACAAAAUGUCAUUUACUAUCCAUCAGAUAGAGAUUAAUCCUGUAAAUAGCUUUACUCAACCUUUGAACAAUGAGGCUUGUAUGGUGGUUUUUUUUCCCUUUUUGGUGGAUGAUGCAUGGAACUGUGCAAGAAAAAAAAAAAAAAAAAAAAGAUAGUAACUUUAAAGAGGUUUCCUUUUGAACAUCUUGUAGGCCCUAAAAAUUCAACCAUCAAAUGCCAAAGCCUUGUUUAGAAGAGGCCAAGCUUACUUCCAUCUAAAUGACCUUGAGAAAGCAGAAAGAGACUUGAAAGCUGCAGAGGAAUUGGAACCUGAAGGUAAGUUGUGUCAUUAUGUCAGAGUCAAUAGUUUAUAACAUAUCCAGUGAUCAUACACAUUUGAACACAAAUUGUCAUUAUUUUGCCAUCACCAAUCAUGACCAAUUUUGAAGCAGCUUGAAUAUGCUCAAAGUCAAUGCCAUUGUUGAUGAUAGUUCUUAAUUCUGUCUGAUCACUGCCAAGCCAGUAGGUGAAAGCUAACAUGUUGAUGAAUAUUAAGACUGUAGUAGACUCGAGAGAAAGAAGACAAAUAGGAAGAAGGAAAAACUUGGCUGUUACAAGCAAUAACUAUAACUCCCAGAAGGGAUUAAUAUGUAACUUCUGCCCUAUAAUGCCCAUACAUUAUCAAGCAAACAGAUAAUAAGAAUACUCAAAGCUAUCAGGUACAAGUUGUUAUCUUGAUGUAACACCAAAUUAUCAUUAAUUUGGCUGGGGGAAAGUAGAAAUUCAACAGUUAAUGCAAUCAGAUCUUCCUCACUCACAAUUACUUAUAACCAAAAAGGAGUUCAAUAUCCAACAUUAAUGGUUAUCAGAAAAGGGAAGCAAAUUCUCUUAAAAAAGAUUGGUUUUUUAAUCUGCCAUGUAAUUCUUGUGAUGGUAGUUCAAGAAUGACCAACAAAUCCCCUAAUUGAUAUUGUUCUUUAUUCUCAUCGCUUGUCUGCUUGAUAUUGUAUUGAUAUUGUGAGGAGAAAUAAUGUCUUGGUCACUCACAGGAAAUGUGUGGGACAAAGAAAAAAUUCUGAGUCCCCAUGAGGAAUCGAACAAAACUUACCAUCUCUACUAUUUCUAUCUAAAAAAUUAUGCUAUCGACAUUGCUGAUCCUAGCAGUAUGCAGGACGCGUGUCAUAUGAACUUCGUAAUAGACCUCACUCACCAUAGAGUCUCUGUGGCUCAGUGGUGGAGCAUUGAAGCGCAAAUCCGAAUCUCUGAGGUUCGAUUCCUCAUGGGGACUCAGAAUUUUUUCUUUGUCCCACGCUUGUGACAAGACGAAAGAACAUCUUUCUUAAUUCUGUUUGGUUCUUAUUAGUGUCUUCUUUGUUAUGUUUUCAUUAGAUUCGAGUAUAAAGAAAAUGCUGGCAUCUCUAGAUGUGGAGUUGAAGAAGAUGAAAGAAAGAGAGAAAAAGAUAUAUGCAGGAAUGUUUGAUAGGCAUAACAAACCAGAAUAAAAAUUCUUUGUAUAGAGUUUUUAUAAAUGCUGAUUAUGAGUGUUUGGUAUUUACAUUCCACAGACUGUCUAUACUUUAUGGUUAUGAAGACCUGUAUUUUUAAAAAAAAAAGUAUUUUAAGUUAAGUCUUCCAAGUUUGCAAAUUUUCAUCAUUAAUUAAAGAACUUUAUAUUUCAUUCCUAACUGAAUAUGCUGCCUCAUCAAUUUGAAGUCAUUUGGUUUAACUCUUUACACCCUAACAUCAGUAUGCAUGUUCUCUAUACUGUUCUUUAUACAUUUCCUAGGUUCUAAUAAGGAGAAAUUGUAAAACCAUCAAGAGCUUCAUUACUGAUCAUUUCCUUUACUUUCGCAACUAAACAUUUGAUUCAAGGGAUAGAUUGUAAAGAGAAAUUAGAACAGACAUAGUCUGAUGCUACUCUGGUUUGCAGAUUUAAUGAAUGUAACCGAAGAAGUUACAAUUCAUAUAAAAGGACCUCUUGUUGCAGCGUUUAGAUCACCCCUGAUGAAG